AUGAAGUUCGGCGCGAAGAUCAAGUCGCGAGUGGCGGCGCUCGAGGCCUUCAUCUCUAGAGACGCCUUCAUCGACUACGACGGCCUCAAGCGGAUCAUUGACGACGGCAUGAACGAGUCCAGCAAGCGCCUCACUUGGAGGCGCGAGUUUCAUGAGCUCUAUCUGGAGGAGAUUCGUCGCGUCCGCUCCUUUCUCGAAGGCCAGGCGCAGGGCCACUUCAUCGCCGACGUGUUUGGCUCGCAUUCCAAGGCCCGCGUGCCUCUCAACGUGCUGCUCGACUUUGUCGAACUAAACAAGGCCGGGUUCGACAAGAUCACCAAGAAGUUUGACAAGAUCGCGUGUUACCUCCACGUCCGCUGGAAGCUGCUCGGCGUAAGCAUCGACACGAAGGACGAGCUGAUCGAUCACCUCCGGAUGCGGAACGCCGUCAUGCACCGAACCGCCGUGGGGCUCCUGUCUUCUAUUGCAAUAGACGUUGAGUCGCGAGGCUCGGCGCUGUACGCGUCGGUGUCGCACUCGUCGCGGGUCGAGCUCGCGGAGCUGCCGGACAUCGCGGUGGUCGCGAUGCCAUGGCACGCCUCCCUCAUCCUCGGAGCCGGCUGGCCCUUCAUCUUGCUUGCGUGGCUCUCUGGCCACACGGGACUCGUCGUCGUCGUCUUGCUCUGCGCGGCGGCGGCCGCGGUGGUCACGUCCGCGCCGCCGCCGCCCGAGCCGGCGUCGGGCCUGUCUUGGGGGUGGUGGACCUUCCUCGCCAUCUGCAGCUUCGCCAACGCCGAGCUGCGCUGGUGCGCCCUCCUCUACGUCGCCGGCUGCGGCAUCCGCGCCGUGUGGCCGCGGAUCGACGUCGAGCGCGUCUGCUUCUUCGACUCGCCGCUCAGCGUGACCCUCGUCGGCCGCGCGGUCGCCACCGUCGCGGAGCUCUGCCUCGCACACCAGCUGGGCCUCGUGUUUGGCCGCCUCGGCGCAGACUUGGAGAGCCCCGCGCUCGUCGGCCUGCUCCACCUCACCGACACCGCGAGGCGCGCGCACGUCCGCUGCUGCGAGGCCACGCGCGGGCUGGGCCGCGCGUGCUUCCCCCUCAUCUUCGUGGCGCAGUGCUGCUGCUGGUGCGGCAUCACGACCACCCGGCAGGUCUGGCACGGGCUCGAGGAAAGCAUCUGGGCGGCGCUGGCGGCGGGCAUGCUCCCGGCCCUCCUCUUCGUCGGCAGCUGCUGCGGCGCCCUGGCCGGCCGACCCGCGUCGGCGGAGCUUUGCUCGAGCAGAGGCGACAGCGGUGGGCCGCUGCUGGCGGCCCCCUUGCGGGUUGCGAUCCCGGCGGGGCUCGGCGCGACGCAGCGGUUUGCGCGCGUCGGCAGCGUGUGCAGCGUCACCUUUGUCGCCUUCAUGGUGUCGGUGGACAUCCCGAUGUACCUUGCCCGCUGGCGGGCGGACGAGGAGCGAGGGCACGCCUACCUUAGCGUCUGGGAGGGGCUGGUCGACUCGAUGCGCUGCGACCGCAUCUCGCGCGACUGGGCCGUGUGGCAGGAGGACGUGCCUUGGAUGUCCGCCUACUUUACGGCUUGCGUCUGGGCGAGCUUAUGGAUCGCGUGGGCGGCUCCCACGCUCGAGCUGCCGUGCGACGACGACGACGACGAGGAGGAGGAGGAGGCGAGCUCUUCGAGCAAGGAGAAGCGCUCGUGAGAGCACGCACCCAACCGUCCACGCACACCAGAGUCUUCAAGUGUACUUCUUCCCCAGUGUACUCUCUCCACCACCGCAAGGUAGUUUUGUUUUCGUAAAGCCAACCGUUC